UGGUGCGUAGAUUUCUAUUCGACCCGUUUAUGACCACCUUAUUUUGGGGGGAACCAUCACGGUAAGCGCAGCCUCUCCCAGGGUAACCUCGCCGACAGCCAUGGCUGACGGUAUCAAGGCUUGCCCUUCGGACGAUGCCGCCCUUCUUCUUCAUCUUUCCGGCAACAACGCCCCAGAUUCUGCUAUUGAGGACGGUACUUUCACAGUCUUCGUCGACAGCUCCCUCUAUACUCAUAUGGCAGUCUCCGUUUCCCCUCGCGACACCGUCGCGGAUCUCAAGAGCAAAAUUAGGACUGAGCACCAGUCAUGUUUCCCUGCGCUUGGAGAUAUUGUUAUCCAUGCAAUCAAGGUCAAGCGCAGAAGAUUGCUGUACCAUUUGUCAGAUUCCAUGCUUGUUAAAAGUGCAUUCAAUAGACAAAUGAGGACUUGGUUUCUUCACAUGGAUGUGUCGACUCUCUGUACAUUUAAGCAUCAAGAAGAACCAAGACAGGGCCUUUCUACACCAGAAAUUGAUGUCCAGAUGGAGAUACCUGAAAGCUCGGGGGCAGUUACUUGUAAGCAAGUUGAUAGGACUUUGAAAAGGUUGGUUGACACUGCUACUGAUGAAUGUAAGGAGUCCGGAGAUGCCUCUGAGCUCUGUAUUAUUUCAUCUGAUAUUGGCAACUUAAGUAAAGACAGUCACUUAAAUAAAGGUUUUAGUAAGAAGUCAGAUAACCCUGAUGAUCAAUUACUACAUUUGCAAAAUACUGACUUAGUGAAUAGAAAGUUUAUUGUUUCUGAGCAAACUGUUCAAGGCAACAGCGAAGGAAAAACUUUAAAUGUGUUUGAUGCAGUUGGAGAAAAUCCAACCUCGGACCCUAAAGCAUCAAUAUCUGCUGAAGAAAGGGUAGAUCUCAAUAAGCUACAAAAAUGUAAUACUGGGAUGGAUCUGAAUGUUGGUUGCAUAGUCAAAGAGGGAGUCAAUUUUGAUGGUUUGAAGAGUGGCAUUGUAUCUUUAGAUGCCGUUCCAUCUAAAUUUGAGAGAAGGAACAGAGGUCAAGAUGCUUCGGUUGAUGGCAGUGCAUUGGAAGACCUAGUAGUACCUGUAUCUGGAAAUGAAAAGGAAAGAAAGAAAAAAAGAAAAAGCGGUCUGCUAGAAUUGGAUAAUGCCUCUUUCAAAGAGGAUGUGGCAGUCAACACUUUCCAUACUGCAGAAAAAUCUGAGUUUGGAAGGCGUGCUGAUUUGAAUCCUCAAGGGGAUGAGGAUGCGAAUAUUGACAAGCCAAACUGUACUCCCGAGGAUCUGAAGGGCGAAAACAAAUCCUCCAGUGAUUUAGUCAAGGCGAAAAGGAAGAAAACAAGAGUUCCAAAGAGUCGAGCGGCAGACCAUGACAAUUCCAGUUUGUAUCAAGAAGUUGUUGAAGGUGAAUGCAAUGGAAAAGAUUCUCAUUCACUCAAGAGAACUGUUGAUAUGAUUAAUAUAGGCAAUGCAAAUGUUAUUUCACAAGAUGGAGAAUCAGAACUUUCCGCUUCAUAUGGAAUGGACGAGAAGGACUUAAAAGUCUUGCCGCUUGUUGAGGAGUCCCGAGACUCUAAUCAUGCAACACAAAAGAAAAGGAAAAAGCCGAAAAGGACGAGAAAUCAUGUGGCGCUGGCCCUUGAGGCCCCUUCUGUUAAUCAUCAUAAUGAUUCUCCAGGAAAUGAGUUGCCUUCAGUCAGUGAGCACAGCAAUAUUGCUAAUAAUGGUGACAUUACAGACCAAAUAAAUGGAACAAAAUCAUUGGAGAAAAUGAACUUGUAUGCAGAAACUAAGAAAGGUGCAGGGUGCACAGUAUCAUGUGGUGAAUCAUUGACAUCUAUGUGGCACAUAGGUAUCAAUGUUGUCCCAGAAAAGGAAACUGUGCGAGCUGAGGAUGCCGUGGUCUCUAAAGAUAGUAGUAAAAAGAAGAAAUCAAAAAAGACUGAAUCUGCUGUUGCAGAAAGAUGUGUUGUUCCCCAAGUUGAGGCUGACGGGUUUGCUCCAAAUGCAUUUGGUUCUGAGCAUAUGGAACCCAUGCAAGAGAGAAGCACAUACAACAAUAAAGAUGGUGGUACAGAAAAGAGGAAAAAAUCACACAAAAAGGUUAAAAAUAUGGAUUCGGAAAUGUCCGUGCCAGAUGGUCAACUAUUAUCUCCUUCAACUAUAAAAGAAAGCUGCGAGUUGAAUAAGCAAGGUUCUUUUAAGGUGCAGCUGACAAAUAAUGGUUCAUUAACAUCUAAACAGAGUCAAGAGAAGAGUAUAAAUCUUAACAUGGAAUCCAUCCAUGAAGGGGCUGUUGAGGGUGAUGGAAAUCAUGAUGAUGGCUGUUCUAAUAAUGGUGAUACUCCAGAUCAAAUAAAUGGAAUAAAAUCAGAGAAAAUGAAGUUGUAUGCAGAAAAUAGGCAAGUUGAUGCAGGGUGCACAUUAACAGGAAAUGAAUCAUUGACAUCUAUGAAGGGCUUAGGUAUAGAUGGUGUCCCAGAAAAGGAAAUUACUCGACCUGAGGAUGGUAUGGCCAUCAAAGAUAGAAAAAGGAAGAAAUCAAGAAAGACUGAAUCUGCUGUUGCAGAAAGAUGUAUUGUUCCUCAAGUCGAGGCUAACAAGGUUGAUCCAAAUGCAGUUAGUCUUGAACAUGUUGAACCCAUGGAUGAGAGGAGCACAUACAGCAAGAAGGGUGGUAGCACAGAAAAGGUGAAAAAAUCGCGUAAAAAGGUUAAAAUUGUGGAUUCAGAAAUAUCCAUGCCAGAUAGUCAACUAUUGUCUCCUUCAACUUUAAAGGAAAAACAUGGGCACAAUAAGCACGGUUAUCCUAAGACGCAGCUGACAAAUGGUGGUGCAUUGACGUCUAAACCAAGUCAAGAGAAGAGCAUAAAUCCUAACAUGGAAUCCAUCCAUGAAGGGGCUGUUGAAGGUGAUGCUGAUCAUGAUGAUGGCUGUUCUAAUAAUGGUGAUAUUACAGAUCAAAUAAAUGGAACGAAAUCAUCAGAGAAAAUGAAUUUGUAUGGAGAAACUAAGGAAGUUGAUGCAGGGUACACAUUAUCAGGAAAUGAAUCAUUGACAUCUAUGAAGGUACUAGGGACAGCUGCUGUUCCAGAUAAGGAAAUUACUCGAGCUGAGGAUGGUAUGGUCUCCAAAGAUAGUAAAAGGAAGAAGUCAAAAAAGACUGAAUCUGCUGUUGCAGAAAGAUGUAUUGUUCCUCAAGUCGAGGUUGACAGGGUUGCUCCAAAUGCAGUUGGUCUUGAGCAUGUUGAACCCAUGGAUGAAAGGAAGACAGACAGCAAGAAGGGCGGUAGCACGGAAAAGGUGAAAAAAUCGCGUAAAAGGGUUAAAAAUGUGGAUUCAGAAAUAUCCUUGCCAGAUAGUCAACUAUUGUCUCCUUCAACUGUAAAGGGAAAAAGUGAGCAGAAUGAUCAAGGUUCUUCUAAGAUGCAGCUGACCAAUAGUGGUGCAUUGACAUCUAAACCGAGUCAAGAGAAGAUCAUAAAUCUUAAUAUGGAAUCCAUCCAUGAAGCAGCUGCUGAAGGUGGUGCUGAUUCUGAUGAUGACUGUUCUAGUUCCUCUGAUAAGGUUAAGGAUAUGGAAAUCCAUCACCUUCAAAAGGAUUCUCUGAACUUCAUUGAUUACUUUGUGCCAGGAUUGAAUGCUGAUGUUAAGCAGGUCCAGGAUGAAGGUGCUGCAUCAGGGAAAAAAACCAAGAAAGCACACACCGAGCAAAACUCCUCAGCUUUACCUAGUGAAGCAGUAGCAGAUAUUUCAGUUCAAAAACCUUCCCAUGCUGGUCGUGAUCAUUCUUUUGUCAAAUCAGAUCAGGAACUACCUAAUCGUGGUGCUUCCAACCAUGUGAGAAGUUCUAAAGGGAGAGAUUCUGAAGAGCAGUCAGAUGCCACUACGGAUGCAUCUUUGAGUAGUCUGUCUGCUUCUUCUCAUUCACAUCAAAGCCUGGACUCUUCAGGUUCAGAGACCUUGUCCUCACAUGCUGAGUCAGAUGAUUUGGCACAUGGUCAUGGAUAUUUUGUAAUGCCUGCAGCAAGAAAUAAUGUGGGAAGCAUUGGAAGAAAGAUGGCCCAGAGGCCCCAGACAAGAUCCGUGACCGCUGGAACACUCAGUGACAUCCUUAAAAGUUCAAGCACCUGUAGAAAGGCUGUGCUUCAAGCAUCAAAGUCCAAGCAUGUUCAGUCCAAGGUUGAUGACGGCACAGAUAGUCCUCCUGUUGACACCGUUGCGGAGACACAAGAUUGUUAGGCUGUUACACGCUUAUUUUGAUCAGCGAGCGAUGCUGGGAUACGGCUGGAGCUAAGUUAUAACUAUUUGAUGAAUAUUUCUUUUGCAGAUAUUAUCACACCGCAUCCGCACCAAAUGUUAUCUGAGGCCGUGCAAUAUGUGGUUGUUUUAUAUUCGUAUAGAUAGGAAGAGGUUUGAAAAACAGAAAAUGUGCGGCAGUCGUAUAAUUUUUGUCUAUCCUGUAAGUUUUCCACCUUUUUUCCAGCUGGCUGUAAUGGGAUUGAUGAAAUCAUGAAGCUGCAAAAGGCAACCCAGUUUUGUCCAGAUAGACGUCUCCAUGUCUCAUUAUUGUUCGAUGAGUUAAUGAAGCCACAAGAUUUUGCAA